CCUAGAUAGAUCAGACUCUGGGGUGGGCGACUGGGAAUGGUCCCAAUGGACAAUGGAGCCCGUGUCCGUCACGACGAAGAAGCGCAGGAUAGGCUGUACAUGGAAACGUGGGUCAAAUAUCGGCGAGGUCCGGAUGAUAUGCGCAGGAUACCGCCGAUACGGAUCCUCCUGUACCCAGAUAUAUUCGAGAGAGCGUGGGGUUGGGACCGGCUGCUGCCACAAGACUACAGGUCCUCGCGCCUCUAUUUUGACUACCUCAAGGAGUAUCACCGGCGCAAUCGCCUCAUGGACUACGUCGCCGCCGCCGGCGGCAAGCCUGAGGAGUGUCCGCUCAAAGCCCGACCACCGGUUGAUGAUGCUGUUAUCACCGGAUGCUUCCCGGAUGGGAAGGAUGCCCUCACUGCUGCCGCGAGAUUCUGCCUGGACAUGGAGCUGUGGUUCAUGUCGGUGUGGGGAGACCGACCUGUGCGCAACGUGGAACUCUUGAGCCAAAAGAUCCAGGAGCGCGCCUGUCACCUCAUCGUCGUGGGGCGAGAAUUCUCCGAACCCGCCGCCGCCAGCUUGGUGUGCAUCGCCAACGAGGCCGCUUUGGCUUGUGAGCUGCUGACACGUGGGGCUGAAGCCACCGACGUGGAGAUCAAACUAUGCAACUGCAUCCGCCAGUGCGCGCUGAGUCUUAUGUACAUGAUGACAGGGCCGCGUUCCGAUGCCUCCGCUGCUGCUAUGGUGGGUGUUGCCAAGGAGGCCAGAAGGAUGUGUGAGUGGAUGAGGAAUGUGAACCAACUAUAUGCUUUCCAAGGUUACUCUGAAAUCCACAAGAUGGGUCAGUGCGAUGUGAUCCGGAUUCCCACUUUUUAUCUUUUCAAGUAUAUACUGUCGAAUAUUACAGGGGAAAGAGAACCGUUUGUGCUUAUGGAUUUUGGAAAGAAGAGGGACAAGGCACAAGCGUAAGAGUCUGCAGGAACUUCAGAGAAGUAUUUAUCACAGUUAGUACAAACGUGCCGUAGCUGCCAUGCUUACUUGGACUCAAAAUCACAAGGAAUAUGAAAUGGCCGCCCGGCGGCUCGAGAGAAGAAGAUGAAGCCCACGGUCACAAAAGCACACAACAAGCAGCAGAGAUGAAAGAGCAGGAGAAUGGAAGAAACAAAAUUGUUCUACCGCGCAGAAACAAUGUUGCAGAAAAUGGUUGUACAAACCUCUACAAAGUUUUCAGAGUGAAAUGCAACACUAGUUGCAAAUUGGCCAGGAUUUUCUCACAGACCAUGGUAACGGCGUAUGAAGGAAAAUAAAACAGAGAACUUUGCGUUCCCUGGGACUCAAACCCAGGCCCUUAGGGGACGUGUCCUUUUCUUGUAGUCAGACAACU